AUGGUGGUCUCUACACAGCAGCUCACCAAGUAUUCUGCUACAAUCUACAAUGCAUCGCCAACACUGCUACCCGAGAACAUUGCUAGUUUGAUUACAGCGAUAGCAUUAGCAGCCCGUUUAUCACUUCGGUGCUCGUCACUCUUUAUAGAAGCUUUACUAGAAUCAGCAAAAUACAGCACAUCUCUCACUUUUGGCUUAUCUAGACAAGCGCUGAUCAACGCUCUUUCCACAGCUAAAAAGUUACACGAAUUGACAGCAACGUCUACGGCAAUCACUACUAUCGCAAAUGGAACUGAUUCAUCAUCAACUGCCGUGACAGAAAUAGACGAUGAAAAAAGUGGGUUUUUACAAGUACUGGACAAAUAUACCAACUUGGGCAUCUAUAUUGUCCAUCACACGUUUACAUUGGCAGAGCUAUUUGCAUUGUCUGGAUUGCAAUUUACAUCCAAUUCUAUCAAAUAUGGAUUGAUGGCUGCCGAAGAGUCUGUUGGCAUUAUCGAUGGCAUUUUUGGGUCCAACGAGUCAUCUCGUGCAAUUGCCUCGAUCAUCACACUUGUUCACCGUGAGCUGAUGAACGAUCCUGACUUUCCACUAACUAAAAUCGGCAAAGUGGCUAUACUAUCAGGCCUCACCAAAGCAAUGACUGCAUUUGCUGUACUCCAGAAUGUCACACACAAGCGAACAAUGAAGCACAUGAAGAUAACAGUUUUGUGGAAGGGCCUGGUGGUGGAGGAAGAAGAGAACUCUCGAGCAUUGGUUCAGUACCAGCAAAACGACAAUACUCAAACACGGCCGUCAUCAGCCACCACUCUAGAGCAGCAGCAUACGGACGUAAUUCAUGAGUUGGAAGAGAUACUCGUCAAUACAUCCACAGAGCAUGGCGUGGCUGAUGAGAAUGAUGAUCAGCGUAGUAUCAGUCCUAACAACAAUAGCACCUCACUGAUCAGUCUAUCUUCCGCCACCAAUUCAACUCUCAAUGGCAGAUCCAUUGAUUUAAGCUUGGAUGAUGACGGCAAUCCUUACAACAUGUACGAGAUCACCACGACAACAAACCGCAUCACCACUAGAACCACCAGAAUUAGACCCAUUGAUGUUAACGGAAAUAGACAAAUGAACGCCAAGCAAGUUGUGGAGAGAACGAACGAAGAAGACAAAGAAUCGUUUAUAGCUGUCAUUGAUCAUCAAGUAGAACAUCAACCGAGGGAUUGUGCUAUGAUUGUACCUGAGGGUACAGAAAAUGCUGAUUCAACACCCAAGAACUGGGAUCAUGCAAACAAAGGCCGUCCAGUAAACAACAAGUUUAGGAUCAUGCUAUCAUCCGUGUCAAAGAAGUUGUCUCGAAAAAAAGUCGAACGGCAAACAAAGUAUGGCCUGGUGAAGAAUCAGUCUCAUCACGAGCAAGACAUGGAAGACACCUUUGAGGGCCCAAUUACCACCAUGACGAGUACAUCAACCACACUCCAGCAGCAGCAAUCAUCCACGCAAUGCGUUGCGUCAACUCAUCAUGAGAACAGUAGCAGUAUCAGCAACAGCAGCAAGCCACUUCCUCAUGCACCCACUUUGAUGGACCUCAGUGGUGAUGAUGACAUUGCUCACGACCCCUCAUCGUACUCUGAGCCCGAGAGCAAGCCUAAAAGGCGCAUGUCCUGGAGCGGUCUCAAGAUGAAGAACCUCAACAAGAAAAAGAGUGUAUCUAAUUUGUUCCAAAAGGGAGUCGAUGCCAUCAACAACAACAGUAGCAGUGCAGGAGGAACCGUUGGUAAAAAGAAGAAACCAUCUAAUAAGCACUCGCAUGCUCCACCUGUGCCGACACUGACUACAGCGAAGCAGAAUAGCAACAAUAUGCCCUACCUGCAAAAGUCAAACUCCAUCAACAGCUUGACCUCACUAUCCAGCAUCGCCCGCACGCUGAAAACAACAACCUACUACACCACACCCGCUUCAUCUUCUCCUCCAAACGCACCUUCUUCUGCAACACCCUCCACAUCGCGUUCCUUGAUACGCUCUCCCUCUAUUCCAGCCAAACUACAUAGCAAACCAGCCUCAAUAUCAUCAUUGGAUCAGGAGCCCAACCCACAGAAUUUCCCCCGGAAGCACAUUAUCAGCAACAUUGCACACUUUAUACGCUAUGCAAGCGCUGCCUAUGGCGAAUCGUUCAUGCGUAUCUUGGGCAUAGGCAAGAUCCCAAGCGUACUUCCCAAUUCCCAUCACCCCAAUCAUCAUGCAUUUGCUCAUCACACGGGCGUCUCCAUCCAAGAUAUCUUACUUUCCAGCUACACCGACAACCACCUUCUCUCCUCUGUGAGUCCUUCUAAGCUACAUGCACUUGUCCACUAUGUCACGGUGGAUCAUUACGCUGAGGCGAUUGUAUUGACUUGCAGAGGUACCUUGGGAUUAGGAGAUGUGCUGACCGACUUGACAUGUGAUUACAGGGAGUUCACACUGCCUACAGACAGCAUUGCGCAUGGUGAAGAAGCGAAUGGGGGGCAUCAGCGAACAUAUGUAGCGCAUGGCGGUAUGCUAGAGGCAGCACAGAUACUCGCUGUACAAAAGGGCAAGGUGUUUGAGGCAAUCAAGAAGGGCCUGAAGAGCUAUCCCCACUAUGGACUCGUGCUGUGCGGCCACUCGCUUGGUGCUGGUGUCGCUUCUCUACUGAGUGUGCUUUGGAGCGAAGAGAAACUGCACUUUUUGUCAAGGCGCAUGAUGUCCAAUCAAGACCACGACUCUAAUGUUGACGGUAGUAAGCUGCCUCGCAAGUUUUUGGAUUCCUUUGCUGCUGCGUCCAUCAAGAAGGUAUCAUGUCCUUUUGUGAUAUCCGAGCUAUCAGGGUUGCCAGCAGGCCGACCUAUCCACUGCUACACGUAUGGGUCUCCCUGUGUCAUGUCGCUUGAACUGAGUCAAUACUGCACUGGCCUGGUCACCAGCGUCGUUCAUGGCAACGAUAUCGUCAGUGGUCUCAGUCUAGGCUUACUCAAAGAUUUCAAGAACAUUGCUGUCAGUUUGCAUGAAGACAGCCAUGUCACUGACGAGAUUUUAAACCGUGUCAUUGGUCGUUAUCAGCAAGAAAAAGGGCCUUCUCCUUCUUCCUCUUCUGCUAACCAUCAGCAGCAAAAGGACGAGCAUCAACAGCACAGUGAGGAGGAGGAAGAUCAAUGGUUUUGGGCUCUGAUCAAGACGUUCAGAGCAGAUAUGCUUUCGCAAAAAUUGUUUCCUCCUAGUACCGUGUACCUGAUUGAAUCUGUGCCUCAAUUGGUGCAGCACACAGAGUCUAAUACGACAUCGCAUGUCUCAACAUCUCCAAAUACGAAUACACGGGUAGAAUCAAAGCAUAAAAGGGCCCAUAUGGUCAAGUUUAGCAGAUGUGAUGAUGUGCAAGCACGCUUCUCGGAGAUUAUGUUCUCCAGGACCAUGUUUAUGGAUCAUUCACCAAACAUGUAUGAAAAGGCUAUCCAGCAAUUAAAUAAAGGUUACUUCGGGCAGUAUUAG